UGUUAGUGAUGUUUUUAUUUUAUUUUUAACUUUCCAAUGAGUGGAGCAGCACUCAGUUGAAUUGUCUUUCCGGGUCUAAAAAUACACACUCACCAAAUUUGACGUUUAGCUGCCGGAGCUAACUCUGGCAGCUGUCUUGCUCUGUUAACACUGCUAAGUGCUAGUUUGGGAACAGUCCCAACAGAAACAUGGCUGAGGCAGUAGCAAAUGUGGCCAGAAGGAUCAAUGCAACAGUUGAGGAGGGGAAAGAUAGUUUGGACCUUUCCAGAUGCAAGCUCAUUUCUUUCCCUGACGGUGUGUUCAAGGUGCUGAGGAGUGUCACGGGAAACAUCCGUGUUAUCACGCUGGCCGACAAUGAGAUGAAGUCCGUUUCCAGCAAGGUCUUUUCAACGUUCACUGAGCUGAGAGAACUGGACCUGCAGGGCAAUGUCCUCACCAAACUGCCUGACAGCGUGGGAGAAAUGGAGCACUUGACCAGCAUCAAUCUGGCUAAUAACAGCUUCUCCAUCUUCCCUGAUAAGCUCACAGAAAUAGCCACACUGGAGAGGAUUAACCUGGAGGGAAAUAGCAUCUCUGAGAUACCAGUGGAUAAGUUGUUUAACAUGCCAGCAUUGAAGUGGCUCAACAUGAAGUCGAAUCCGUUGGACUCAAACACUCAGUCUGCUCUACAAUCAUCCAACAGUUUUGACAUCUUGAUGACAAGAGAGUCCUAAAAUUUGUCCCUACAUAUCUACAGACUGGAUGCUGCGUGCCUUUAACUACUUCAGUUGGAUGCUUAAGUGUGCCUGAAAGAUUGGAAGAUGAUAAAAACACAAUACUUUAAGAUGAUGAGCUGAAGAUAUCAAAGCUAGUUUACAAGAGAAAGGGAAACAGAGGUGUGUCAAGAUGGCGUCCUCUUCGAUUCAGAUACAAAAUUAUGAAGUUGUUGUUUGAGGUGAAAUCAAUCUCAUCUUUCUAUAUCUCUUUCUUGACAUGAUUUUAUCUGAGUUCAGACAAAAGCCAGAAAGAAUGACUUAUUUAUUACUUUUGAUAGUAUUAAACUGUUUUUACAAUUAAAAUGUAUGGACUUGAAACAA